CAAGUUUUUAGACUGUCUUAGCUUUGUAAUAAGAUCUAGUCAUUUAAUGAAUUUUUUGUUCUUUCUGCUAAAUAAGAAGCUUCCUCAAUCUUUUGAUAUCUGACAACAGUAGCAAAUCAUAAGUUCCAGAAAUAAAUUUAAAAUGCCAGUUUCUGUGUUAUGAAGAGCUACGACUAGAUGACCUCAACCACCUCUUCAUGUUCUUGUCAAAGGAUCAGUGCCGCCACAUCUUGUAUUUGUUGAUAAAUGAAUCAGUUUCAGGAAAUAUAUUUUUUUGGGCAUUGUGGAUUAGAAGGUGUUCUUUCAGGUGAAUGCUGGAGGUUGACCAGAAGAUCUAGCAUGACACGGAUGGGUAUGCUUUCAAAACACCACAUCAUUUGGUAUUUUAAAAAUAGAUAUGAUGGCCGUGGGCAUUUAUACGACCUUGCUGCACAUGACUCAGAGAAGAUAGAGGAUAAAAAUCCAGCUCUUACUGAAGAGGAGGAAGCUAUAGAGAAAGCUUGUGAGGAGGAAAGGUACCUAGAGCUGCAUACAGAUUUACGGGAAGCACAAAUAUAUGAAGAGGAAGAAUGGAAAAGGUAUUAUUUAUCACUGCAAGAGGGAUACAAGGCUGUUGGUUUUAGCUAUGAUGAACAGUAUUCAGAGGGGCAAGAACAGGCUUUAUACACAGAACCUGUUAAAGAAGAAGAUGACAAACCAUUUGUUCCAUCUGAAGAACUUCAACUUCCUUCAGACAUUCAGCUUCCAAAAUGCGGCAAGCAUAAUGCCCGUAUUGAGAAAACAGCCAAUUUUAUUGCUCAACAUGGCAUUCAGAUGGAGAUAAUGCUAAAAACUAAACAAGCAGGCAAUCCACAAUUUGACUUUUUACAUUUUGAGAAUGAGCUCAACCCCUAUUACAAACAUGUACUUGGUAUGAUAAAAUCUGGCAAGUACAAACCAACAGAAGAAGAGGAGGAUAUUAAAAAAGAGGAGGAGAAUAAUCACAGCUACCUUCAUCCUUCUUUGUCUUCUUUGUCUUCAGUGACACAGUUACCUCCCCCUCCCCCUCCACCUUCUAAACCUAUAGAGCUGCCUAAAGUAUCCAUACAUGACACACCAUAUGGGGCUUUAGUCAAGUCCAUCAGACAAAACACAGAAACAUCCCGUCUUGCUGCACAAAGUAUGCAUACCAACAAUACCCACUAUCCCCAUGUGUCUGAAUAUCAGUCUUAUUAUCACAACCCCCCACCACCUGGUACAGAGCCAGUGACUUUACCUAUUGUCAGCUCUCUGAAUGGUCAAGAAUUUGUGAAUCAGCUGUACAGAACAGAAGAAAAUAAUGGUGAUAGCGUCAAAAAAAGGAAAAAAAGAUCUUCUAGUUCUGAUAGCUCUGGCUCAUCCAGUUCGUCCUCUAGCAGUUCUCCCUCCACACAAAAGAAACGUAAAUCUAAUGGACCAAAGAAGGCAGAAGGUCCUUGUCAGAUUGUAACACCACCACCUGAUGUACAACCUAUUGUUGACAGAAUGGCCAUGUAUGUUGCUAAAAAUGGUGCAGAAUUUGAAAUGGUGGUAAUGAAUAGGAAGGACCCAAGAUUUCAGUUUCUCAAUGAAUUCCAUGCUCACUAUCCAUAUUAUAAGUUAAAAAAAGAAAGGUUCAUGAAGGAGUUGGGUAAAACAAUAACUGAAAGGGGUGAUACCCAGGAGGAUAAAGCAAGUCAAAAUCUUCAACGAAGUGUCAGUUUUUCUAUAAAAGCCCGACCAAAAGAGCAAGAGAGUAGUCAGCAGCCAGGGAAACCAUGGUUGUUUGAAUAUGACAGUAGUGAAGGAGAUGAGGAAAAACCUCGGGAUCCUACUUCAGAGACAUUGUCUGGCUCAGCAACACCAACAGCUAAAGUGUAUCAGGAUGAAGACACACAAAAAGAAAUGGAAGAAAAAUUAAAAGACAAACUAGCUAGUGCUGUGAAAGAAAGAAUAUCCCAAACACACAAAGAAAAACAGCUUCAGAUGGAAAGGAAGAGGAAAGCGGCCUUGUUUUUAAAUCAGAUUAAAACCACCCAGCCAUCUGCCCCUUUACCUAAUGUUCUUCAAGAGGAUUCAAGUUCGUUGUAUGUUGGUGAAACAACACCCAGCACAGUUGUAUUUGAUUAUGACAACCAACCAGUACCACAGAUCCUAUCCAGUAGGUAUGACAAAUCUAGGUCCUCUAGGGACAAAAAAAGAAGACGACGAUCACCAACACCACCAAGUGCUUACAAUCUAGAAAGAAGAUCACCAAACCGUCCCAGUCCAUCUAUGUGGCUUAACAGACCUACUAACUGGUCCGCUAUGAGAGACAGAACACCUCCAUGGCAGCGGAGAAAUCGAGAAAUAAUGAACAGAAGGUCUCGCUCACCCUACAGAAAAGAAGAAAAGAAAAAACACAAAAGGUCAAAAUCCAGAUCACCAUUAAGAAGGGAGAAACCUAAGGACAAGUCUAGGCACUCAAAAGAAAGAACAAAACACAGAUCUAAGGAAAAAGAAAAGAAAAAGAAAGAAAAAAGCAGACACAGGAGUAAAGACAGAGAUUCUAAGCCUUCAGUAAAGGAUGCUGUAAGUGAUGGAGAAAGCAGUGAUGUUGAGAUAGUUGAGAAAUCUCCAUCAGAAUUAUUCCCAGAGGAUCCCACACGUUCUAGUAUUGAGAGAGAUAUAUUAUCUGCAGUGAAAGAAAAUACUAUUAAAAACAGCGAAAGCACAGAUGACUUAACAGCCUCAUUGAGUAGGACAACAAGUCAAUGUAAUUCCCCGGCCACUCAGGCUAGUGUAUCUAGAGGUAGUACACCCAGCAGGUCUUCUACAGACUUAACUUCUGCGGCAUCUUCUGAUUUGAUGAGCAAAGUUCGUGCCAUGUUAAAGAAAAGCAGAGAGAUGAUACGUAAAGAAGAAGGAUUAUCAUUAGAGGAUACAUAGUGAUAAAUAAAACUUGUUAGUUUUUUGUUACCUUGUAUAUAAUGUAUGUUUUUUAUGUAUUUUGUUGGAGCAGAUGUAUAAAGUAGAAAAGUGUGAAAGUUUUUAGAGUUCACUACAACUAUUUACAAUGCUGAUAAUGUGCAUGUUUGUAUGAUGCUCUGAAAAUAAAAGUGUAUUUUUUCCAACAAGAUCACAUUGCUCAGGGUUGUUGUAAGCCUCUAGUACAAUUGGUUGCUUGUAAAUACAAAAAUUAAGGCUUAUAUACCUUUAUGUAAUUAUAAUGAGAGGUUUCAUUACAUUUAGUAAUUUAUUUGUUGAACAGUCUGUAAUAAAAUUAUUUUAUUGUAA